CUUCUUACUCCACUGACCACCAAGCACUCGCACUUUGCGCCUCGCUGUGUUUGCACAUGGUGCGCAACAUGCCAUGCAAGUGGCACACUUACACCAUGCUGCUAUCCUCGACCUGGACCAGGCACGAGCUUUGCCUGGACCACAGCACAGAGGGUCAGGCCAAUCCCUUGGCAGUGUACAGCCUCGGUGCAUUGGCGCACCUCUUGCAGCUUUUGCAGGUCGUUGCACCGGAAGUGGCGUUUGGAAGGCCUGGCCGAUGGUUUCGCUCCCAUUCUGCCUAAAAAGGAGAUUGGGGCACUGCCGACGUCGCGAGUGUGGACUCUUGGCGCCGCUCAGGUCAGAAGGAAGCGGAUCGAACAUGUACCUUUGCCGAGACGGUGAGCCGUGGCGGACGCAGCUGCGGAGGUGGCCCACGGAGUCUCGUGACCCGGAGGUCUUUUGGGAGGAGGCGGUUCCGGAUGGCGCCGCAGUGGAUGUUCUCGAGCUCGCUGGCAGCUUCGCAAGAGUCAGGACAAUGAGUGGAAUGGAAGGCUGGGUGCAAAAGCAGUAUCUUCGUGGCUUUGUUCGGACGGGGCACCAGGUCACAAGCGUUGGUUGCUUGAUGCCUGGGACUCAGGCCUCCGGCCCCUCAGUGCUGAAGGCUGCCGUGCCCAGCGUUUCUGGGUGGAAGGGAGCUCCCCUGCCACGCUUGGAGCGUUUGAAGGGCGUCUUGGAAUCUCUUCAGCUCAGAUGCCAAUUGGCGGCAGAAGAGCUGUGCCCGUCGGCGGCUCGGGAUGCACCCCAGUUCCUACGAUAUGCCUGGGCAGCACCGGCCACCGCCAUCGUGCUGGGCGCGUGGCAGGGUGGAAGGGGCAUCACCUUCCGUGGCAGUUCCUCCGAGUUGCUACGUGCGCUGGACCUCUUGGGCUACCUUUCAGUGCCCGGUGAUCUCCUGGAUGAGAUAAUCCCUUUGGAGCUUGGCACUUCAGCCCCCUCCUUCUCCUGUGCUUUGCUGGGCGAAGGUGCCGACUUCUUCCUGCGCCGCGAGGCGCUCCCGUUCGGGCACGCGGUGGCCUUGCUGGCCGGCGGGCCGCUUCAGGUGCGUUUGCGUCCGCCGGAGAGCCCAGUGCCCAGCGACGCCUUGCUGGGACACCGCACUGCAGCGCUGUCACGGGUCGAUUUGUUUCACCAUGAUUUUGCUGCUUCGGCCGAGUUGGAGGCAGAGUUGCACGAAGGCGAUGUGCUGCUGAUUCCACCUGGCUGGUGGCAUCAGCCCUUGGCUUUGUCCCCAGCUGCCAUGGCCGUGAAGCCUUACCUCAGCGAGGCCAUGGUGCCGCCUCUUCAACGACUCUUGUGUGCGACGGACUUGCUGGUGAAGGAAGACACCACCAUGUCCGAGAUAUUGAGACUCCUUGGACUGCAGCUGAGAGUAGGUGCGUGGCCUUUCUGGCCUGCGUCGACGCCCGAUGGCUCGUUCCAAGAUCGGAGGAGACGAGCACUGGAGGAACAGCCUGGCUUUGUCUACAGCGGGCAGGCUCUUCCUGCCGAUGCAGAUCUUUGGUCAAAGGAUGAGCUGCAAAGCUUCAUCGCCACGGGUGGCUUCAUCCAGCCGCGGCGGCGAAGACUGCGGUUACCACGUGACGCGGUGCCAAGGACCGCUGCUCCGCAACUGCGAGAGUGGUUGGAAAUACCUCUAGACCAAGGUGACCUCUCAAUUCCAAGUGAGGAUGCGCCCAAAGUGAUCUGGAUGUACUGGGCGCAGGGCUCCAAGCAACUGAAUGGCUUCAGGCGUCUUUGCGUGCACACAUGGCAAGUGCAGAAUCCUGAUUGGAAGAUCAAGAUCCUCGAGAAAGAGACAGUGGCCCGCUUCAUUGAGCCCUCAGAACUGCCGAGAUGCUAUGAGGAGUUGCCUGCGGCGCAACAGUCCGACGCUCUACGUUUGGCCUUGUUGGCCAAGUACGGAGGUGUCUAUACUGAUGUGGCCACCAUUUGUCUUCGCCCACUAGAGGACUGGCUUUGGGGCAGCAUGUCAGAUGGUACGCUGGAGCAGGGACUAGGUGGAGAAUUGGUUUCUGGCAGCCAGAGCGAAUCAUCCUUUGGUUCUUGCUUGGAGGGACCUCUACAAUACUGGCUGGGAAGGUGUCAGGACUCGACAUGACUAUCCA